CAGUAAAGAAGAAAUAUCUCUCUCUUUCUCUAGUCUGUAUCUUAUUAAAUAUCUCCAUCUUCCUUAUGAUCAAUUCCCGAAGCUACCUUCAUCUUCUUCUAUAUAAUCACUUAAAGAAAAAAAGAGAGUAGAAGAUAGAAAGAAGUAAAAGAAAGAACUUUUCUCUUUCAUUUGUUCAGCUGAAAAAUGGUGUUUGGUUGGAGAAAAGCGUUUUGCACAUCCUUUCCUAGUAAUCAAGACAAAUCUCAUCAAUCAUCAGCAGACCUUCUUCAAACUGAUCCACCUAUUCACACCCCAAGACUCCGAUCAAAGUUCGGAUUUUUCUCAAACCCAUCAACUCCCCGUCUCCGAUCUCGCGGCGGCGGAGGUGGUAGCGGAUGCCGCUCCUCCGCUUCAACCGCAGCCUCAACUCCUUCUCUUCCCACUAGUCCCAAACUCCAAUGCAGGACAACGAGCAAUGCUACUCCAAGAACCAGUAACCCCUCCACUCCUAAGUUUCUCUCUAACCCUUCUUCUCCCAAAUCAUCUUCUCCUUCCUCCCACGGCGGCGUUUCUCUCCUCCGUGCCACACUCCUUCUCAACCAGAGUAACAGUAACAGAUGUGGGAUUUGUCUACAGAGAGUUGAUUCCGAUCAGAUCAAAACGACGGCGAUUUUCACGGCAGAGUGUUCACAUUCGUUUCACCUCUCUUGCGCCGUUAGACUACAAGACAAGCGUUGUCCCUUCUGUUCCGCCGCGUGGAGGUCCGAUUCUCCCUCUCCGAAUUCAAGAUCCGACCCGGUUAGAAAACCCGAGAUCCGGGAAAUAAAGACGGGGAAGUCGCUGAGAGUGUACAACGACGACGAGCCGUUGGCUUACUCCCCUGUCUCUCUCGCUCGGUUCAACACGAUAAUGGAAUCAGACGAAAACGACGACGUAGAGGAAGAGGGAGACGAGUUCCCCGGAUUCUUCCCUGAUUCCUCGAUCACGCCGGCGGCUUCCAUCUCCGGGAGCCUGGAGGUUCAAUUGCUGCCGGAAUCCGCCGUGGUGGAGACCGGGAAAAGGAUCGAGACGCACGUCGUCGUCAUGAAAGUCAAGGCGUCGGCGGCGAGGGAAGCGGUGAGAGCGCGGAGGUCGCCGAUCGAUCUCGUGGCGGUUCUCGAUCUGAGCGGCGGCGGAGGAGCGAAUCUGCAGACGGUUAAGCACGCGAUGAGGCUGGUGAUCUCUCUCCUCCGGGAGAUGGACCGGCUCUCCGUCGUCGUGUUCUCGACGGGAUCGAAGCGGUUGAUGCCGUUACGACGGAUGACGGCGAAGGGACGGCGGUCGGCGCGGAGAAUCGUGGACGCGCUCGGCGGAAUUGAAGCGAUCGGCGGCGGCGGCGGGAUGAGCGUUGGCGACGCUUUGAAAAAAGCGGUUAAAGUCGUUGAGGAUCGGCGGGAGAGGAAUCCGACGGCCAGCGUUUUGGUUUUAUCGGACGGUCAGGAUCAGUCCGAGGCGGUUCUGAGAGCUAGGCUGAGCUCCACGCGCGUGCCGUUCGUCGUCUCCACCACUCGCUUGUCUCGUCCCGAGAUCCCGGUUCACUCGGUUUGGAUCGCGUCUCCUAGCGCGUUGCAGUACGUGCCGCUCCGGGACGCGUUCACGGAGAGAAUCGCUGCGUUGCUUAGUGUAGUUCUACAUGACGUCAAGCUCGAUGUAGGUUUGGUCUCCGGAUCUCCGUUGACCGAGAUCUCAGCUGUUUACUCUUUGACGGGCAGACCCGAGAGUUUCGGAUCCGGGUCGGGCGUUGUCGUCGGCGAUUUGUUCGCGGAGGAGGAGAGAGAGUUUCUCGUUGAGCUCAAAGUACCGACUUCGUUGAGUGGGUCCCAUCGUGUGAUGUCCGUACGGUCUUCGGUCGUUGACCCCACGACGCUUCAGCCGUUACCUUGUCCGAACGAGAAACGGUUUUUGAUCCCACGGGCACAGGCUGUCCGAUUCGUUUCUGCUAGCAUCGAACGGCUUAGGAAUCGUCACUUGGUGUGCCGCGCUGUAGCUGAUUCACGUAAGAUGAUUGAGCGUGAUGAUUUAGUCGGAGCCUAUCAGGUUUUAACAGCGGUUCGGUCAAACGCAUUGGAUGAGAAUGAUAGCUUAAAGAGCUUGGAGGCUGAGUUAGCCGAGCUAAACCGGUUGAAACCGAGAGACGGUAUAGUAAAUCAAGCCGAAGAGGAGAAAACCGAGCAACUUACGCCGACUUCGGCUUGGAGAGCGGCUGAGAAAUUGGCGAAAGUGGCUAUCAUGAGGAAGCAUUUAAACCGAGUCAGCGACAUGCACGGCUUGGAAAACGCCAGAUUUUAAGUUUUGUUUUUUAUUGAUUCUUGGUUGGUAUGUAAUUAUUUAAAUAUUAGUUACCAAUAAUUGAGUAAGAUAUCAUAAAUAAAAUUAUAGAAGUAUGAUUAUUAGAAAGGGACCCCUAGGUGCAUGAUGGCGACAGGCAGUAGCCGACGGGUGUGGCCUUUUUUGUAAUGCAGAGUUUGUUACAUUGAGAAUUAAUUGGUCUUUUUAGCUUUUAUCA